CAAGCGUGUCUGUUUAUCUGACUUCCCACAAUUUACUUUUUGUGGAAAAUGUCGUAAUUACACCCUUUUAAAAGUAGGACAAAGUUUGGUAUAUGUGUAUCGUGUCCAAUUCUUCUCGUACUUCUCCAAAUUAAAGAGUUGUUCUAUUUUGCUUCAAAUUACGAUUUAGAGCAAUUAGCUAUGGCUGAUGCAUUGUCAGAAGAACAAAUUUCUGAGUUUCGUGAAGCUUUCUGGGUUAUUGACAAGGAUUGUGAUGGGGUGAUAAGAAUGGAGGAACUUGCGGCAGUAAUCCAAUCUUUAAAUGAACAUCCAACCAAGGAAGAGAUUCAAGAAAUGGUAAACGAAGUGGAUCCUGAUGGUGAUGGCACUAUUGAUUUUGAAGAUUUCUUGAAUAUCAUGGCUAGAAAACUCAAGGACAACGUAUCAGAAGAACUAAAAGAAGCAUUCAAAGUAUUUGAUCGAGAUCAAGAUGGAUUUAUUUCAGCUAAUGAGUUAAGAAAUGUGAUGAUGAAUUUGGGAGAAAGAUUAACAGAUGAAGAAGCCCAACAGAUGAUCAGAGAGGCAGAUCUUGAUGGAGAUGGUCUCGUUAGCUAUGAGGAAUUUGUUAAGAUCAUGAUUAUUUGAUUUUCUUGCUACUCUUCUUCUUCUUCUUCUUUUUUGUACAAUUCUCCUCUUCUAUUCUUUAGGAUUACUUACAGAUAAAUUAAACAUCUUUCUAUAGUUGUACCUUGUUAAUUCUCGUCGUUCACAUACGGCAUUUUGAUACAAAUAAAUAAAC